AUGGGAGUAACAAAAAAACCUGACUUGAAUGAUCCUGUAUUAAGAGCUAAAUUGGCUAAGGGUAUGGGUCAUAAUUAUUAUGGCGAGCCCGCAUGGCCCAAUGAUCUUUUAUAUAUUUUUCCAGUAGUAAUUCUAGGUACUAUUGCAUGUAAUGUAGGCUUAGCCGUUUUAGAACCAUCAAUGAUUGGUGAACCGGCGGAUCCAUUUGCAACCCCUUUGGAAAUCUUACCUGAAUGGUAUUUCUUUCCUGUAUUUCAAAUACUUCGUACAGUGCCCAAUAAAUUAUUGGGGGUUCUUUUAAUGGUUUCAGUACCUGCGGGAUUAUUAACAGUACCUUUUUUAGAGAAUGUUAAUAAAUUCCAAAAUCCAUUUCGCCGUCCAGUAGCGACGACUGUCUUUUUGAUUGGUACCGCAGUCGCCCUUUGGUUGGGCAUUGGUGCAACAUUACCUAUUGAUAAAUCCCUAACUUUAGGUCUUUUUUAA